GCAAGUACAGAACAAGGACAGCAAGCAGAGACACAAGACCAACAUGGUCAAGCAGCUUCGUCGCAGGACAGAACAGCUGUCACUGCAGCCAGGUACGGCCCUACUCGUCGUUGUGGGCCGCCACCGACAAAGAGAGAUGGAACAGUCUCUCGACGUGGAACCGGUGCAUGUGUACCAACAUACAUGGGAAGAGACCGUGAACCAUGCCGAGGCGCAGGGUGUGAAGUACAUGUUUGUGGCAAUGACUCCGCAGGAGUACAGUGCCCAGUCGAUCGACGAUGGCACUUUGCCGGCUGUCCAACAUAUUCACCACAACACAGGAUUUACAUCCUGGCACGGCAGCUUUCACGAUGCGGUGACCUACUUGCUGUGGUGCAUCGCGACAGGCUUUCUCAGCCUGAUGUACCAGGGUGAACCUGCGUACAUGUUCGAUACUACGGAGCAUGGAUCGCAGAGAGUGCUCAGGAUCCGCGCCAAAUGGAUGCAAAUUCUCGAGCGCUACAGCUUUACCAAUUGGUACGCUUGGACUCAGCACGUGCCUCUGAAUGUGCGUACAGUGAUCAACAGGCCAGUCACUGACCCUCAACAUGCGGGCCCUUCUAUGAGCCUGUACCACUCCGGUACGGCAGUUGCUCGACAUAUGGGAGAUGAUUUACAGAGGGCGCUGCUACACUACACAGCUCAAUUCACUGCACAGGUGCAGGAGCAAUUCAAUGAGGCAGAGAACUUGGGAUCUCAACAGAUGAGGGACAAAGUGGCAGCCAUGAGAACCUGGACCCUGGCCGGACUCAUCUG